GUAGUAGGUCCAGGUUGAUAAUAUUGAUUCUCUAUAUAUAUACACACAGAUGCUUUUCUGAGUGCUUGUAAAAUCUACAACAACAAAAAAAGAAUUGGCUUUUUUUUUUUUUUUUGAAGACGAUGAAAACACGAAGAGGAAGGCGCUCUGAGGCAUUUUGGCCAUCUAUGGUGAUGAAGAAAUGGCUAAACAUUCAGCCGAAAAAUAACGAUUUUAGUGAAGAUGAAGUUGAUACAGAGACCGAAAGCGAAGAUGAUGUUUGUUCUCUUAAAGAAGAAAGAAUGCGUAGAACACCGAGAAAUAUGUCUUCAUCUACAAAUCAUAUCUCAGAUGGGAUGCCUGCAAAAGGGUUGAUAAAACAUAAGAGAGGGAAAUCGGAAACUAUGCGUGUUCAUUAUAUCAAAACAAAAGAUGUGAGGAUGACAGUUGGCACAUGGAAUGUAGCUGGAAGGAUCCCUGAUGAAGAUCUUGAGAUAGAUGAGUGGCUUUGUAUGGAUCAACCAGCCGACAUUUACAUUCUUGGUUUUCAGGAAGUUGUUCCCCUAAGUGCUGGGAAUGUUUUAGGAGCCGAAACUCGACGGCCGAUACCAAAAUGGGAAUCGAUCAUUCGAAAAGCGUUAAACAAAUCGCAAGAACAAACUACCAUACAUAAAAGCUACAGUGCUCCAACUUCUCCAAUCUUGAACCAAAACGGUGAGUCGGGCCUCACCAAGAUAAUCGUUCCGGAAACAAAAGUGAUUAACAUAUUAAACUGGCCGGAAAAAGCGUUGGAUAUAACACCGAAAGUUCUUUCAUCGGGUGCAAAGUUAAGACGGGUGUUAAGUUUAAGUAGUACUGCUAGAGUGAGUUCUGAUUGGUUGGCCCCGUUAGACGUUGGUGGCGGGUUAAAACGGGUGCACCAUAGCUCGGGCGACUUGGGUUUGCUUUGGACCGAGCACCAAGAACGGACGGACCUGGUUGACUCGCUUGAGGAUGUGUCGGAACAAGUGUUGGAAGAAGAAGAUGAUUUUUUCGAAGAUGGAAGCGAAAUGGAGGAUGAGAAAUCGAUUGUGUUGGAUGGUCAAGAAAACUCAAGUCAUAGGUAUGUAAGAAUUGUUAGUAAGCAGAUGGUGGGCAUAUACAUUUCAGUUUGGGUUCGGAAACGGCUGAGAAGACAUAUUAACAACUUAAAGGUUUCGCCAGUCGGGGUCGGGCUUAUGGGAUACAUGGGUAAUAAGGGAUCGGUGUCCAUUAGCAUGUCUCUUUAUCAAACAAGGUUAUGUUUCGUUUGUUCUCAUUUGACUUCCGGACACAAGUUUGGGGACGAAGAGAGACGAAAUUCAAACGUAUCCGAAAUCUUAAAACGUACUAGUUUCUCGUCUGUUUUAGAUCCUGAUCAACCUCAAUCAAUCCCGGGUCAUGAUCAGAUAUUCUGGUUUGGCGACUUGAAUUAUCGUAUCAAUAAGCCGGAUGAAGAAGUCAGAAAGCUUGUUGCCAUGAAGCAAUGGGACCAACUUCUCUAUAGCGAUCAGCUUUGUAAAGAAUUGAGAAGAGGGCAUGUUUUCGACGGAUGGAAAGAGGGUAUUAUCGACUUUCCACCAACGUACAAAUACGAGUUCAAUUCAGACCGAUAUGCAGGUGAAAAUGCGAAAGAAGGGGAGAAGAGGAGAGCACCAGCAUGGUGUGACCGUAUACUGUGGAUGGGAAAAGGCAUAAAACAACUUUGUUACAAUCGAGCGGAGAUAAGGAUGUCGGAUCAUAGGCCAGUUAGUUCGGUGUUUGCAAUUGAGGUUGAAGUUUUUGACCCGAGAAAGCUACGAAGAGCUCUCAAUUUAACGAGUGCUGCAGUACAUCCCGUGAUCAUGUUAGAUGAAGCUGACCUGGAACUAUUGGCAUAGCAUAAGCCUGAGUUGAUACAUUCUUGAUCUUGAUUUUUUAUAGGAUUAGAAUGAUGAUUUAUGGUUUCUUUUUUUUUUUUUUUUUUUUUUUUUUUUGAGAAAUUUUGAAAACAAUAAAAGAAAAGAAAAUGACCACCUUUGGGGCAAAGGUGGAAUGUGUGUAUAGAAUUUGAAGGAAUCAUAUGCUUAAUUGGUUUGAUUUUGGACAUUGAA